GGUGUUGGAGAAACGACGGUUGUUAUGAACUAACGGUAAUUCUGACUGGAUUAGCUUAGCUUCAUCAGGUUAGCUUAGCAUAGAUACCUGUAGCUGGAUCAGAUUAGAUCAGGUCAGGAUGGGUAUUCAGGGUUUAUUACAGUUUAUAAAAGAUGCAGGAGAACCAGUGCAUGUAGGGAAAUACAGAGGACAGAGUGUGGCUGUAGAUACUUACUGCUGGCUGCAUAAAGGAGCUUUCAGCUGUGCUGAGAAACUGGCUAAAGGAGAACCGACAGAUCAGUACGUGUCCUACUGUAUGAAAUUCGUAGAAAUGCUCCUGUCCUACGACAUCAAACCCAUCCUGGUGUUCGACGGACGGAACCUCCCGUCCAAGCAAGAGGUGGAAAAAGCCCGGCGAGAGCGACGCCAGGCGAACCUGCAGAGAGGGAAGCGGCUGCUGCGCGAGGGCAAGCUGGCCGAGGCUCGGGAGUGCUUCACGCGAUGCGUCAACAUCACCCCCUCCAUGGCUCACGAACUCGUCAAGGCUGCAAGGGCGCGCGGCGUGGACUGCAUCGUGGCGCCGUACGAAGCGGACGCCCAGCUGGCCUUCCUGAACAAGACGGACGUCGCUCAGGCCGUCAUCACCGAGGACUCGGACCUGCUGGCGUUCGGCUGCAAGAAGGUGAUCCUGAAGAUGGAUAAGCAGGGGAACGGCCUGGAGGUCGCGCAGUGCCACCUGGGCCGCUGCCGCUCGCUGGGCGACGUCUUCACGGAGGAGAAGUUCCGCUACAUGUGCAUCCUGUCCGGCUGCGAUUACCUGGCCUCGCUGUACGGCAUCGGCCUGGGCAAAGCCUGCAAGCUGCUGAAGAUAGCCAACAAUCCGGACAUUCUCAAGGUGAUCCGGAAGAUCGGGCAGUACCUGAAGAUGAACAUCAGCGUACCUGACGAGUACGUGGAGGGCUUCGUGAAAGCCAACAACACCUUCCUGUAUCAGCUGGUUUUCGACCCCGUCAGAAGGAAAGUGGUGCCGCUUAACCCCUACCCGGAGAACAUCGACCCCGCCGCGCUCGGCUACGCCGGAGUGAACGUAGGGGACAAGCAGGGGCUGCAGAUGGCUCUGGGAAACCUGGACAUUAACACCAUGGACAGGAUCGACAAUUUCAACCCCGACGCUCCUCCGGCACAGCCUGUGAAAGCUCCGCGCAGUCGAGGGUGGGGCGACGGUCCUGCGGUUAGCAGGUCCUCCCACGCCAGCAUCUGGAGCAGAGACUAUGUGGUGGGCGUCGCCCAGCGCCAGACGACUUCCUCCCCACACCGGCCUACUCAGACUCUUGGUAAAUUAAGAGUUGUUCCCCUGCGUGGCCUCAAACUUCCCCACAGAGAGACGCAGGUCAAGAGAUCUCACCCAGACUCCGGUGUCUCCGAUGAGGACGUGCUGGAGCAGUACUCAUCGGGCCCCAAGAGACAGCGCACAGAGGCCCCGCCCGUCAUUCCCAGUGAGUCCGAGCGGCCUCGAGCGCGUAACCGCUUCGCCACCCUGCUUCAGCGGAGGAACCAAUCGGAGGAGAGCGCUGACGAUCAGGGCACGCGCAGCAGGUUUUUCGCCGACUCCGACCCCCGCGUAGCCGGACCGAAGCGAGCGAAACCCUCGGAGCAGGAAGAACCAAAAGACUCGGACAAAUCCGACCACACGGACUCCUCGCAACCCGGAGAAGCCAGCCCCGAGACUCGGACGACGCCCCGCCGUCCCAGACCGGGAGUCUUCGGCUGGUCCGGCGGCUCCGGCUCCGGCUCCUCCGACCACUCCGGGAUCAGAGCGGGAGCGUCGGAGCGACCCAGGACCCCCGGCCUGCCCUCGGGACUCUCGGCCCUGCGGCACUUCCAGAGGAAGAGAGAGGGCGCGUCCUGGGAGCGAGGGGAAUCUCCCGAGCGCUCUCCGGUGGAGCCGGUCGCCGAUGUCGAAACACCUCCCGGUUCUCCUCCCUCUCAGGACAGCGCGUACUUCUCGCAGAACAACAGCGUGGCGGCGGGAGCCGAGGAGUCGCCCGGCGGCGCCCGCUCAGAGGAGGACGAUCGGUGGAGAGACUCGGGCUGUUCGGCGGCACCCGGCGACGCUAUGGUAACCGAGGAGAUCAAGCCCACACCCAUGAGGACCAAGGUGUCGGGUUUGUCCCGGAUCAGACCCGGCGAGCAGGAGAAGGGCGCCAGGAUCGGAGCCUCGGCCGCGGCCCGGCCCAGCGGCCUGAGGAAGAAACCGCAGGGGAAGAAAAGCGGCGUGACCAAUGAGAACAGUUCAGGACUGCAGGCCACUAUCAGCGGCCUCUGGAGGAACUUCAGCUUCAACAAGGAGAACCCGAAGUUAAACGGGUGUAAGAAAGCAGAACCCAUGUCGCCCGUGAAGGAGAACGUUCUGUAAGAUCCGGACCGGACCAGCUCAGGAUGAGGACGAGUGGUGGAGCGAGCAUCACUCUGCAUUCUCUCUCUCUCUCUCUCUCUCUCUCUCUCUCUACUGAACAUACCGUGUAUGUUCCUACUGCUGUACAGGACUCUUUUAUCACUCAAUAAUAAAGUCUCUCUUAUUUCUCA